AUUAAAUUCAGGCUGGCACUGGAAAUGCACUUUAAUUACGCAUCUUUACAAACAACAAAUGUAAUAUUCAAUAUUUUGUGUAUUUACAUCAUUGAAGUCUUAAGUAAACUGCGCGGCGCGUGUGUUGUCUGCGUCCGUUGUCGGCUGCGUCAGGGAUUCCAUUUGACCUUGAAAUUCUAACCACAAACGGUUGCAUUUUUGUGCCCUCUUUGAAUCAUAGCUGCAUAUCCAUUUUGUCUCCCCUAGUGGAGGAACGGCAGGUCUACAAUGACAAAUAAAAAAUUAGGGAUGAGCGCCAUGUCUGAUCCCGCAGUGGCAGAUCAGAGAGAGGGAUAGAGGGGUCUAUCGCUUGAGACUCGGGGCACCCUCUCGGGGCUCGGUUUCAGGAUGUCCGAGAGCACCGGGGUACAGCAGGGCUCUCCGGCCGUGGGGGCAGCGGGCUCCGCACCCGCGGCCCCGGGUGCUGGGGGAACGGAGUGCUCGGGCGCCGCUGCUGGGUCCGCUCGAAUCGCCGUGAAGAAGGCGCAGCUCCGCUCCUCUCCGCGUCCGAAGAAACUGGAGAAACUCGGAGUGUAUUCUUCCUGCAAGGCUGAGGGGUCCUGCAAAUGCAACGGCUGGAAGAGUCAGAACCCCCCUCCCACCCCCCCGCGGACGGACCAGCAGAACACAGCCGUGAGCCUCACCGAGCCCUGCCGCAGCUGCAGCCACGCCCUGGCGGACCACGUGACCCACCUGGAGAACGUGUCAGAGGAGGAGAUGAACAGACUGCUGGGGAUUGCCCUGGACGUGGAAUACCUGUACACCUGCGUACACAAAGAGGAGGACGCCGACACCAAGCAGGUCUACUUCUCCCUCUUCAAACUGCUGAGGAAGUGUAUCCUGCAGAUGGGCAAGCCGGUGGUGGAGGGGACGCUGGAGAGCCCCCCCUUCGAGAAGCCCAGCAUCGAGCAGGGGGUGAAUAACUUUGUCCAGUACAAGUUCAGCCACCUGCCCUCCAAGGAGAGGCAGACGAUCAUGGAGCUGGCCAAGAUGUUCCUCAAUCAGAUCAACUACUGGCAGCUGGAGACGCCGUCUCAGCGGAGGCAGAGGCCACCUGGCGAUGAUGCAGCUGGAUACAAAGUCAACUACACCAGGUGGCUGUGUUACUGCAACGUCCCGCAGUUCUGCGACAGUCUGCCGCGGUACGAGACGACGCAGAUCUUCGGCAGGACGCUGCUGCGCUCGGUGUUUACGGUCAUGCGCAAGCAGCUGCUGGAGCAGGCCCGGCAGGAGAAGGACAAGCUGCCCCCAGAGAAACGCACACUCAUCCUCACACACUUCCCCAAGUUCCUGUCCAUGCUGGAGGAGGAGGUGUACAGCCAUAGCUCACCCAUCUGGAGUGAGGAGUUUCUGGCAGGAUCCAGCAGUGGACAGAUACCCAUUCAUACAGUGAUCAGUGCGCCCCCGGUGGCCAGACCCCUGACCUACAGCAGCAGUCCCGCAGCAGUGGACCCCCCCAGCAGCGGCGGUGCCAGUCCUGUCCGCAAACCCGCGUCCACGCUGGAGCCGAGCCCAGCCGGGGAGAAACGCAAGGCCCCAGACCCUCUGCCCCACGAGGAGAGCAAGAGGCCGAGAGUGAUGGGAGACAUUCCCAUGGAGCUCAUCAAUGAGGUCAUGUCCACCAUCACAGACCCCGCCUCCAUGCUGGGCCCAGAGACCAGCCUGCUGUCCGCUCACUCAGCGCGGGAUGAGGCAGCUCGUCUGGAGGAGCGCAGAGGGGUAAUAGAGUUCCAUGUCAUUGGAAACUCUCUCAACCAGAAGCCCAAUAAGAAGAUCAUGAUGUGGCUGGUCGGCCUGCAGAACGUCUUCUCCCACCAGCUGCCGCGGAUGCCGAAGCAGUACAUCACCAGACUGGUGUUCGACCCGAAGCACAAAACGCUGUCACUGAUCAAAGAUGGCCGGGUGAUUGGGGGCAUCUGUUUCCGGAUGUUUCCGUCGCAGGGCUUCACAGAGAUCGUCUUCUGUGCUGUCACCUCCAACGAGCAGGUCAAGGGCUAUGGCACACACCUGAUGAACCACCUGAAGGAGUAUCACAUCAAACACGACAUCCUCAACUUCCUCACCUACGCUGACGAGUACGCCAUCGGCUACUUCAAGAAGCAGGGCUUCUCCAAAGACAUCAAGGUGCCCAAAGCCAAGUACGUGGGCUACAUCAAAGACUACGAGGGGGCCACACUGAUGGGGUGUGAGCUGAACCCCAGCAUCCCCUACACCGAGUUCUCCGUCAUCAUCAAAAAGCAGAAGGAGAUCAUUAAGAAACUGAUAGAGAGGAAGCAGGCUCAGAUUCGGAAGGUCUAUCCUGGACUCUCCUGUUUUAAGGAGGGCGUCCGGCAGAUACCCAUCGAGAGUAUCCCUGGAAUACGGGAAACUGGCUGGAAACCUGCUGGGAAAGGGAGGGAGAUGAAGGAUCCGGAGCAGCUGUACAGCACGCUGAAGACCAUUCUGCAGCACGUGAAGAGCCACCAGAACGCCUGGCCCUUCAUGGAGCCGGUGAAGAAAACGGAUGCGCCCGGAUACUACCAGGUCAUCCGCUUCCCCAUGGACCUGAAGACCAUGAGUGAGCGUCUGAAGAGCCGCUACUACACCACCAGGAAGCUGUUCAUGGCCGACAUGCAGCGCAUCUUCACCAACUGCCGCGAGUACAACCCGCCCGAAAGCAAGUACUACAAGUGCGCAAACCUGCUGGAGAAGUUCUUCUACACCAAGAUCAAGGAGGCAGGGCUGAUCGACAAGUAACAGACCGGAACCGGGACUGAGGACGGACCCAGAACCGGAACCGAUCCCACAGGGGGGGGAGAGUCACCAGCUCCGGGUGUUAGCAGAACCUUUCAAACGCUUUUUUAUUACGUUGGAUAUUCUUUUUGAGGAUGAACGCAGUACGGACGUGGUGGGAAGCAGCUGUGUGCAUGCGCCAUUUUCUCUCUCUCUCCGUUAACUCAGGAAAACAAACGUCAGACCCACAGAUUCACAGGGGAUUAAACGUCCAGCUCGUUAGCUUCAGCCAGAGCUUUGGAUGGAUGCUGCCGGAACUGGGAGGCGAUAAAGAGCAGCCAGCCCGCGGUCCCAGCAUGCAGCUGGAGCUCAGUGGCCCACAGUAGUGUGUGUGCGUGAUGUCAUGGUGUCCCAGGGGCCCCUCAGUGUUUACCGGUCAAAGGUUGUGUGUGUGUGUGUUACCCGAGAGUUCCACCUGCCAAAAAAAAGAUAUUUUGAACAUGUCUGGAAGGAUUAUCAGCUCUUUCAAAAAGCAGCUUUUAAGUUUGUUUCAGUGUUUAAAUGUUUAUUUUCUCAUGUUUCUCUUUGUUUUGUAACUGACGGAUGGCAUCGUUUUUGGAAUUUACCCACAAUCUGACAUUUCUUGAAAACGAAGGCCUGUUGUCAGAUAGACAAAAUGCACUUAUCAUAAAGGCAAAUAUGCAGCAAAAAAUAGGAAUAGCAUUUUCUUGAUAAUUGUGUUCAACAAGAAAAAACUAAUGCACGCUUUAUUGCCUAUUAAUUUAAGUAUGUAGCGUACAAUUAUUUAUGUGCUGUAAUUUUCCAGGAUUGUCAGUAUAAUGUCAAAGAAAAGGUCUUAAUUUAUUCUGUCUUAUUGUCUC